UAAGCACCGGCAGGUGGCCCGCGGUUGCAGUUGCUGAUGAAAAUGGCUGCCUCUAUGUCUCUAAAGAAGUCAUUAUUUCUAGCCACAUAUUCCAUAAGAUGUGCGUCUGUGAGAUGCGCAGCGACAGUAUCUUCCAAGAAGGGAGUGAAGAAGUUCGACAUCUACCGUUGGAAUCCUGAAGUUAAAGGGGACAAACCUCGCCUGCAGACAUAUGAAGUUGACAUGAACACUUGUGGCCCGAUGGUUCUUGAUGCACUAAUCAAGAUCAAGAAUGACAUUGACCCUACCCUUACUUUCCGACGAUCCUGUCGUGAGGGCAUCUGCGGAUCGUGUGCUAUGAAUAUUGACGGAAGGAACACCUUGGCAUGUAUUUGCAAGAUAGAGGAAGGUACAAAGGCAACCAAGAUAUACCCGUUACCUCACAUGUAUGUGGUCAAGGACCUUGUCCCUGACAUGGCCCUCUUCUACGAGCAGUACAAAUCUGUCCAGCCAUGGCUGCAGAAAAAGGCUGAUGUCAAGCUGGGCGACAAACAGAAUCUCCAGAGCAUUGAAGACCGCAAGAAAUUGGACGGCCUGUACGAAUGCAUCUUGUGCGCGUGCUGUUCGACGUCAUGCCCUAGCUACUGGUGGAACAGUAAGGAGUACCUUGGGCCAGCUGCACUCAUGCAAACCUACCGCUGGGUGAUCGACUCUCGGGACGAAAACACAGAGGAACGGCUCAAACGACUUCAAGACCCGUUCACCAUGUACCGUUGCCACACGAUCAUGAACUGUACAAAGACUUGCCCCAAGAGUUUGAACCCAGGGCGUGCCAUUGGAGAACUCAAGCAGCUGGUAGCUGGCAUUAAGCAGAAGCCAACACCUGAGCUGUCGGGCACUUCAUAGAGCAAAUGUACACUUGAUCCGAGUUCUACGGCCUGAUGAAUAAACUAGAAUAUCAUUGCUCGGUUACUCUGUUA